AGGAUUGAAGAUAAAUUCAGAUUUUGCAAUUUCGAAUGUUCAGAUGGAGAGCAAAAUUACAAUGACAUAUAUUCAGAAACAAAAAAAAUAUGAUAAUUCAUAGCAGAAAAAAAAAACUAGGGGGAUUUUUCUUCUUACAAAUACAUUUAAUAAUAAUGAAAAAUACACCUCACCACACUUUUAGAGCGCUGGAAGUUAUAGAUUUGUUGUAAUAGGUAACUGGGAAACUUGGGAAGCAUGCCAUCCUCUUUGUGUAUCAGAAGAAAACAAGAGCCAAAGGAAUCGGAGUGACCUGUACUUCUGAUUAAAUCAUUCCCACAGAUGAAAUGUGAAGACGUGAAAGCAGAUGAUAAUACUUCCACCAUAAAGCAAUUUGUGCUCUUGGGAUUUUCUGACCUUCCAAACCUCCAACGGUUACUAUUUGGAGUGUUCUCCACCAUUUACGUUAUUAUCUUAAUUGGAAAUAGCCUCGUAAUAACAAUAACCAGGCUUGACAAGGCACUACAGAAACCCAUGUAUUUUUUCCUGGCGCAUCUUUCCUCGUUGGAAAUCUGUUACGUGUCCGUCACUCUCCCUAGGAUUCUGGUGAACCUUUGGACUCAGGAUAGAAGCAUUUCUAUGCUGGGCUGUGCCUCCCAGAUGUGCUUCUUCCUCGCGUUGGGAGCCACUGAGUGUUUCCUCCUGACAGUAAUGGCCUAUGACCGCUACGUGGCCAUUUGUAACCCUCUGCACUACCUUCUUGUCAUGAACCAGAAGAUGUGUAUCCAACUGGCUGUUGGCUCCUGGAUCGGUGGAGUCCCAGUCCAGAUAGGACAAACAUGUCAGAUUUUCUCUCUGCAUUUCUGUAAUUCUAACCAAAUCAACCACUUCUUCUGCGACAUACCCCCCAUCCUCCGGCUAGCCUGUGGGGACCUCUUUGUACAUGAGAUAUCGGUCUAUGUAUUAGCUAUGUUGUUUGUCACACUUCCUUUUGUGUUGAUACUUGUCUCUUACAGCAAAAUCAUUUCCACCAUUCUCAAGUUGCCAACCACCAGGGGACGGGCCAAAGCUUUUUCCACCUGUUCUUCCCACCUGCUGGUCGUGUUUUUAUUCUUUGGAUCCGCUACCAUUACCUACUUAAGGCCCAAGUCCAAUCAUUCUGCAGGAACUGACAGACUGCUCUCUCUUUUCUAUACCACAGUGACGCCAAUGUUUAAUCCCCUGAUAUACAGUCUUAGGAACAAGGAUGUGACUGCAGCCCUGAGAAAACUAUUACUUAAAAAAAUGGCGUGA